GCGCGGGCGCCAUUUCGCCUCGGCCGCGGCCCGAGAUGGCGGCUCGGCGGCGGCGGCGGCGGCGGCGCUGAGAGGGAGGAAGACGAGGAGGAGGAGGAGGUGGGGGCAGCUCCCCGCGCGGGCCCCGCGAUCGCCAUGGACCUGCGCACGGCCGUGUUCAACGCGGCCCGAGACGGGAAGCUGUCGCUGCUGCAGCAGCUGCUGGGGAGGCGCAGCCGCGCCGAGCGGGAGGCGCUGACGGCGGGCGCGGGCGCGGCGGGGACGCCGCUGCUGAUCGCGGCGAGGCACGGGCACCUGGAGGUGGUGGAGUUCCUGCUGGAUCGCUGCGGGGCUCGAGUCGGGGAAGGCGGCGCCGUUUGCUUCGACGGCGAGACUAUCGAGGGGGCGCCGCCGCUCUGGGCCGCCGCGGCCGCCGGGCACCUGCACGUGGUUCGCAGCCUCUUGGAACGAGGCGCCUGCGUCAACCAAACCACGGUGACCAAUUCGACGCCGCUGCGAGCCGCCUGCUUCGACGGGCACCUGGACGUGGUGCGGUACCUGGUGGGAGAGCGCGGAGCUGAUCUGGAAGUGGCCAACCGGCACGGACACACCUGCCUGAUGAUCUCGUGCUACAAAGGGCACCGGGAGAUCGCGCGUUACCUGCUGGAGAAAGGGGCUGAUGUCAACCGCCGCAGCGCCAAGGGGAACACGGCCCUGCACGACUGCGCCGAGUCCGGUAGCCUGGAGAUCCUGCAGCUGCUGCUCCGCUCCAAAGCGCGCAUGGAGAAGGACGGCUACGGCAUGACUCCUCUGCUCGCCGCCAGCGUCACCGGCCACACCAACAUCGUGGAGUACCUCAUCCAAGGAGGGCUGCGGCAGGAGGAGGAGGAGGAGGGCAGCCGCAGCGGGACCUGUUCCUCUGCCGGGAGCCGUCAGCGAUGCUGUGGUGCUGGUGAGGAAACACCUCGAGGCUGCGAGGUAGAGGGGUGCGAGCGAUGUUGCGCCUCGGCCUCCAGUCGGGAUGAAGAGCAGGCCCCUCACGUGUUCUGCAGCCGAGAGGCUGCCGUGGAAGCGCUGGAGCUGCUGGGAGCUACAUUUGUGGAUAAGAAACGCGACCUUCUGGGAGCGCACAAGUACUGGCGGAGGGCGAUGGAGCUUCGGUGCGAGGGCGGACGGUACCUGCCUAAACCUGAGCCCCGGCAGCUGGUGUUGGCCUACGACUAUUCCCGGGAAGUGAGUUCGCUGGAAGAACUGGAAGCCUUGAUCACUGAUCCGGAUGAGAUGCGCAUGCAGGCACUGCUGAUCAGAGAGCGCAUCUUGGGUCCUUCCCACCCAGACACUUCCUAUUACAUCCGUUACCGAGGGGCAGUCUACGCCGACUCCGGCAACUUUGAACGCUGCAUUAACCUGUGGAAGUAUGCUCUGGACAUGCAGCAAGGUAACCUGGAACCUCUGAGCCCGAUGACUGCCAGCAGUUUCCUUUCCUUUGCAGAGCUCUUCUCUUACGUGCUUCAGGACCGCUCCAAAGGCACUUUAGCCACCCACCUGGGCUUCUCCGACCUGAUGGGAGUGCUGAGCAAAGGUGUCCGGGAGGUGGAGAGGGCUCUGGUGCAUGGCAAGGACCCUGUCGCCGACUCGGCGCAGUUCACCAAGACGCUGGCCAUCAUCCUCCACCUGGUCUUCCUGCUGGAGAAGGUGGAGUGCACGCCGGAGCAGGAACACCAGAAGCGCCAGACCAUCUACCGCCUGCUGAAGUGCUGUCCCCGCGCCAAGAACGGCUUCACUCCCUUGCACAUGGCUGUGGACAAGGAUACUACAACAGUGGGACGUUAUCCUGUGGGCAAGUUCCCAUCGCUCCACGUUGUGAACUUGCUUCUGGAGUGUGGGGCUGACCCAGACAGCCGUGACUACGACAACAACACCCCGCUGCACAUUGCUGCCCGCAACAACUGCCCGCUGAUCAUGAGUGCCCUGAUGGAGGCGGGAGCCCACAUGGACGCCACCAAUGCCUUCAAGCAGACGGCUUACGAGCUGCUGGACGAGAAGCUUCUCACCAAGAGCAUGAUGCAGCCCUUCAACUACAUCACUCUCCAGUGCCUUGCUGCUCGCGCCCUGGACAAGCACAAGAUUCCCUACAAGGGUUUCAUCCCUGAGGAGCUGGAAGCCUUCAUUGAACUGCACUAGGGCAGGAGAGCCAAGGUCCCCAGCCUUUCCCCUUGCCUCUUUGACCCCGUAGAGGCAGUGCAGCCUGAGAUCUCAGGCUGUCCUUGCUGAGGUGCCGAAGGCUGUUGCUGCGCUGAGACAGGCUGCGAGCUUUGUCCCCAUCUGUCACCAUCCAGCUGAUGUGCGCAGGGUAGGGGAGGAGGAGGCUGGAGAGUUCGUGGUUGUCCCUCAUUGCUGUCAUCUUCAGGUACCAGGUUUCUCCAGUGCCCUGUGUCCAGAGAAGGCUGUAGCUCCUGCCCUUUGUCAUCCCAACCAUCUUGUCCUGAGCAGGAAGGAAAGCAGAGAUUCCCUGGGACCUGCUGUCUCUUCCGUUAGUGCUGCAUUAACUCAGUGCUAAGCUUUGGAGCAGCUACAGUUCACACACGUGCGCUAGCAUUUCCCAUCCCAAAUCCCGAACAGAUAGGCGUGCAAGUGAGGAAUAAAACACCUCCCAACUAAUUUCUUCCCCAUCCUUCCCCGAAUUUGAUGCAGAAUAUGACAGCUGAGCGGCUUGUGCUCUGCCAAGGUAGUUGCCCAGCGUGGUGGUAGGCCUGGGUAUCCCGAGGAUGGGUGUUUUUCUUGGUUGGCCAAGUAGCAAGCAUUGUUAAAGGCCCGGGAUUUCAGUGAUUGUGCAUAAAGCUGGGUUAUUUUUUCUCUUUUAGAGCCAGGCCCUAUCUAUGCUGCAAGACUUCUUCAAUCCUGUAAGGUGUAGUUAAGGUCAGUUCUGGUUAUACAGCUUCAUAGAUUUGGGGUUUAUGAACGGGGAGGAAAAACUACCUUUAAAGCAAAAUACUGGGGUGGCGUUCAGCCCUCAGCUUGCCCUUUUUGCACACGUUCAGUCCCUUCCUCGCGUGGAGGCCCUUGAGCUCUGAAGGUUGGCAAGAGUUGAGAUGCACAGGGUGGGCACCGCUGUGUGUCAGAGCCAAACAGCCCUCGGAGGCAGUGCUGAGGCGGUGCUCCUGCAGCCCCUGUGGGACAGGAGGUGCCUGUGGCUUGGGUGGUGCUGGGGAUGUUAAAGCAUGUGAGAGUCCGUGGCUGUUUGAACAAGGGUGGCCUGGCGGAAGGUGCAAGAAAGAAGUGAAAGUUAUGGGUGCCUUCUUGUCCUGGGGUUUGUGAGCAUCCGCUGGCAGGCUCUGAAGUAUCCCGUUCUGAACACAUAUAUGGAGUUGGUCACUGACAUCUGGUUUUGGCGUUGAUUCCUUUUGCCACUUCAGUGAGGAUGGUGCUACUUCAAGGACUGAACUUGAAAUCUCGUUUGGCUUCUGUUCAGGCAAGCUCCUUUCUUUAAUUAGGAUCUGCACACAACCUGUGUUUCUCUAAACCUGUAGUCUCAGGGUAGGUUCUGCCUCCGCUGGUGGGAUCCUCUGUUCCCGUGGUGGUAAACAGGGUACUAUGCCAGCAGUUAUCAUCUUGCAGGGGAGUGACUGGACUUGGCAGCCGGUGGCUCCGUUUUUGGCCCUGGGCAGAGCAGAGGGCACAGUUUGAGGGGAAGUGGCUGUCGCGGAGCUUUGGGAAAGGUCAGGACCCUGGGAGCAGAGGCCCGAUAAACAGCCGCCCACUACGCGCUACUGCAGCUUCUCUACUUGUAUUUAUCAGCCAGCACAUCCAUACGCUUCAAUAAUCUGAUGCUCUCUGCCCCUUAAAGAUAUUGUAGAGCUGCCGUUACAUUUUUGCAGUGUUAACUAUAACAUUUAUUUAUAAAGCAAGGAGGUUUAACUCUUGUUGAGAUAUAAAGCGCAGAGUUA